AUGACUUGUCUCUUCUCCUCAACAAUCCACUUUCAAGUCACCUUUUCGGUCAUCUUUCAAGUCACUUUUCAAGACACCUUCCAAGUCGUCCAAGGCCAAGUCAUCUCCCAAGUCCAAGUCAUCUCCCAAGUCCAAGUCAUCUCCCAAGUCCAAGUCAUCUCCCAAGUCCAAGUCAUCUCCCAAGUCCAAGUCAUCUCCCAAGUCCAAGUCAUCUCCCAAGUCCAAGUCGCCCAAAAUGUCGCAAAUACUUCCAUCAACAAUGUCUUCGCCGCUCCGGAUACCGAACUUCAAUCCAUCCUCCACCUCCUUCGACCUCCAAUCGUCAUUUGA